AUGGGUGGUGCUGCUGACUACAAGAACGGCCAUUUCAUUGGCAACUGGGGCGAGCUCGGGCAUGAGCGAGGCCAUCUCCUCUCGGCGAUCGAGGAUGCACGAAAUGUCCCCAUGGGCUCGACGCUUGACCGUGAACUACUCACAGACGAUGAUUCAGUCACUGACACAUUGAAUGCUCUUGUUCUUUUCAGGCUGCCCGACCCCCAGCGCAUUGCCACCUAUGCGCUCUCUUCCAACCGUCAGCGCCCCUUCGCCGGUGCUGCCCACGCUGCGGUCUUCAACUCCUUCCGCCGUUUCCGCCACCAGGUUCUCUACGUCGUGCCUCCCUUCAUUGUCGCCUACGUGACCAUGAACUGGGCUGUCGAGCGCAACGAGUUCCUCAACUCCAAGCCUGGCCGCAUGCUUGAGGGCGGUGGUGAUGAGUAA